AUGGGCUUUACUUCUGCGCUCCGCCCGCCAUUGGCAACGCUUCCUUUCCCUCCACACAGAAGUUUCAGCACUGUAACCGUCGCGAUUCCGGCCAGGACACCCCGCAGGGACCACCGCCGUCGGUCGCCCUCUUCGCAGCAGCGUCUUACUCUAAUGGCUGCUUCGAUUUCUUCCGUCGGUUUCCCCGUUCCUCUCACCGUCCAUUCCUCCUCUCCAAUCGAAGACGGUAAAGCCUCUCUCUUCACAGUAUCCCCUCCUCCGAACCCAACUCUCAAAACCCCCACAAUCCGGUCUCGCCUCAGUAAAUUGUGCCAGGAGGGCAAACCCGAACUUGCCCGCCACCUGUUCGACACAAUUCCUCAACCGACGACUGCAAUGUGGAACACGAUCAUCAUUGGGUUCAUCUGCAACGACAUGCCCGUUGAAGCCCUCCGGUUCUACGGCGAGAUGAAGAAAGGUGGGUUUCCUACUACCAAGGGCGAUUACUACACUUACUCUUCUACGUUGAAAGCCUGCUCCCAGAGUCUGAAUCUGGGGGCCGGUAGAGCGAUUCACUGUCAUUUGAUUCGCUGCUUGGAGUAUCCGAGUCGGAUUGUGUAUAAUUCGCUGUUGAAUAUGUACUCCACGUGCUUGAGCCAAUUGGGCUCGUCGGGUGGCUCUGAGUUUUCGAAGUACGAUGCUGUGCGGAAGGUGUUUGAUACGAUGGGCAAGAGGGACGUUGUUGCUUGGAACAUUUUGGUUUCUUGGUAUGUCAAGACGGAGAGACACGUUAGAGCUGUUAGGCAGUUCAGGAGGAUGAUGAAAAUGGAAAUCAAGCCGAGUCCAGUGAGCUUUGUCAGUGUAAUUCCAGCCAUAUCAGCUAUGCAGGACUUCGACACUGCGAAUGUUAUGUAUGGACUGCUUGUUAAAUUGGGAGGUGAGUAUACGACUGACUUGUUUGUUGUGAGUUCAGCCAUUAUUAUGUACUCAGAGCUAGGCUGUCUCGAUUUGGCCAGGAAGGUUUUCGAUUGUUGUUUGGUGAAGAAUACAGAGGUAUGGAAUAGCAUGAUUGGUGGGUAUGUGCAGAAUAACCGUCCACGGGAAGCAAUCGAUCUCUUUCUUCUUGCUACUCAAACGGGACAGACUGAUAACAUAUCUUUCCUUUCAGUUCUGACGGCUGUUUCACAGCUGCAAUGCUUGGACUUGGCUCAACAGCUGCAUGGAUUCGUCAUCAAGAACUUGGGUUCCCUGCCCGUGAUAAUACAGAAUGCUAUCAUAGUCAUGUAUUCACGAUGUAGUACUGUCCACACUUCAUUUCAUGUGUUCGAGAAGAUGCAGGAGAGAGACGUGGUUUCAUGGAACACGAUGAUUUCUGCUUUCGUGCAGAAUGGAUUUGAUGACGAAGGGUUGUCUCUUGUGUACGAGAUGCAGAAGCAGAAGUUUGCAAUUGAUCUGGUGACAGUUACUGCUCUGCUUUCUGCAGCAUCUAAUCUCAGAAACCUGCAGAUUGGGAAACAGACUCAUGCCUAUCUUCUCAGGCAAGAUAUAAAAUUUGAAGGAAUGGACAGUUAUCUGGUCGAUAUGUAUGCUAAAUGCGGCUCGAUUAGAACAGCUGAAUAUAUCUUUUGGAGAAAUAUCACUAGAAGUAGUAAAGAUCAAGCAACAUGGAACGCUAUGAUUGCUGGUUACACACACCAUGGGUUAGUCGAAGAAGCUUUGGCCACAUUUAACGAAAUGCUUCAGCAAGCUGUUUCACCCAAUGCCGUGACAUUAGCAUCGAUUCUUCCAGGUUGCACUCAAAUGGGAAGCAUCAAUCUUGGAAAACAACUCCAUGCUGUCUCUAUUCGCCAUUUGUUCGAGAACAACAUUUUCCUGAGCUCUGCUCUCAUCGACAUGUACUCAAAAUCAGGAUCAAUCAACUAUGCUGAAAACGUGUUUGCCAGAACCGGUGACAAAAACUCUGUCACAUACACGACGAUAAUCUUGGGUUAUGGCCAACACGGCAUGGGAAGCAAGGCUCUCUCUUUGUUUCACUCCAUGGGAGACUCUGGAGUUAAACCCGAUGCAGUUACUCUCGUUGCAGUUCUGUCAGCCUGCAGCCAUGCAGGACUGGUCGAUGAAGGUCUUCGGAUAUUUAACUCCAUGGAGAUGGAUUUCAACAUCGAGCCUUCAGUUCAGCAUUACUGCUGUGUAGCAGAUAUGUUGGGGAGAGUUGGAAGAGUAGUUGAAGCCUAUGAGUUUGUGGAACAGCUGGGUGAAAAGGGCGACGUUCUGCAAAUCUGGGGAUCGGUUCUUGGGGCCUGCAGGCUUCACGGAUGCAGUGAAUUGGCAGAAACGGUUGGUGAAAAGAUCCGUCAACUAGAGGAAGCAGCAUUACAUGGUGGUGUGGGAGGUUAUCAGGUCCUGAUGUCCAAUAUGUACGCAGGGGAAGGAGACUGGAGAAACGUCGACAGAGUGAGGAAAGAAAUGAAGGAAAAGGGUUCGAUGAAGUUGGUUGGUCGCAGUUGGAUUGAUAUCGGAGGGCAUGUUACUCGCUUCGCAUCUAAAGAUCAAGACCACCAUCAGUUUGAUGAGAUAUAUGGAACUUUGGAAGGUCUGGCCUUGGAAAUGAAGCAUUCCGGUGCCUGA